CUGACGCCAUGGCAACAGAGGCUAAAAUAAUCUGUUAAGGGCUUGGGACAAAUAAGAAUUAAGACUGUCUGAACUUAAAAUGUAACGGCUACCGUUAAAGGUUAAACGCUGGAGCUCGGGUCAUGUCUUCCGAUCACUCAGCGUCACUGGCGGGGACUCACGGCCUCCUACGCGGCCAGCGCACCCGGUCCUACGGCAGCCUCGUGUCCUCUUCAUUAUCACCCGUUAGACAAAGACGAAUUAAACAUAAAGUUCAGCCCGGUGAGACUUUGCAAGGACUAUCACUGAAAUAUGGCGUGUCUAUGGAGGAAAUAAAAAGGGCAAACAGACUGUACACAAAUUAUUCAAUGUUCCUGAAGGAGUCCCUCUUCAUCCCCGUGCUGACAGAGUCUGUGUCUUUCACAAAUGGAGUGGAAUUGACCGAGGACGAAGCAAGUCCAGCAGCACAAAUACACACAGAGAUUUCUAAUGAGAUCCCCAAAAGCCAAACAGACUCUAGAUGUGAAGCGAAUGCUGAUCUGUCACCAGUGGAAUACCUGAAAAAGAUAGACAGCUUGAUCAGUCAGUCCAAACAAGCAGCUGUGAAGACCUGCCAAGAGGGAGAGAAACAGUUUUCAUCUAUGGAGCAACUCCAUCACAGCAAUCUGACGUCUGACAAAGCAUCCUCCCAGCAUGCCGUUUUGGAAGCUGUUCCAAUUACAAUCACCAGACGGACCAGGAGUCUGAGGGGUAGGGAGGAUGAGAUCUUCCAGCUCUGAUGUAGGCAUUUAUUAGGACUCUUCUGACUGUUUUCUGUGUUGUUUUAGAGGUCUCCCUCAUUGGGUUUCAUGCCUUUAAAAUGUGGAGAUUGCUGGAGCGAUUUGGAAUAGUGUUUUUCAUGAAACUACUACCAGCUUUAGACAUGCACACAUAUUAGCACUGUAAAAGCACUGUAGCUUGAUGCCUAAAAGUAAUAAUGUGAAUUAUAAUUCUGCUGUAUUUUUUAAUGUGUAACCAAAGUAAUGACAGAUAGUUUUGUGUGUGACGUAGAUGACUGCAUUUGAGUGAAACUAUAUUUAGGAAUCUAGCUUGAAAAAAUAAUGCACUUGCUAAUUGAUACUGAUUUUAAUACUGCCUCACAAUUGCUUUGGGAAUGUGCCACUGGACAUCUUUCAGAUAGUGACCUGUCAAACCUGUGAACACAAUGCAUAGUUUUGCACUGCAGUCACAUGCUCGGUUUGCUGUUUUUCUGUUCAAUUUACAUUUUGCUAAAGUGUAAUGCCCUUUGUGGUUACCAAAAUAUGAUAAAAACUUUGUUCGUUUCCUGGACUGGUUUGUGUUUUGCAUUUGUGAACUUCAAACAUGCAGUCCUCCACAGUAAAUUAAUGCAGUAUGAAACGAUCAGAUCUUGAUCUUUUAACUUUGAAAUCUUGAGUGAUAAUCAGUGACAAAGAGUAACAAAAGAUGAACUAAGUUGUAACAUUACACACAACAGUUAACGUCACAACUGAAUUGCACCAGUAUUCCUUCGGUCAUGUGCAUUUCUAACAUAGAAUUAAUGGAUUGUGUAUUGAUACAAGGUAUUGGGGUGUGUAUUAUGAAUAUGAAAGUUCUCCAGACAUCAAAAUAUAAUCAUUUUGCUUUUGUAAGCAGUUUCUUGUCAUAAAUACAAAUUCUUUACACACAUAAAAUGUUAUGUAAGAUUAGCUCAAUGCAAAUAGAUGGCUUACAGUAAAAACAGUAAUAUUGUUUUAUAUUACAAAUUUAAAAUAACUUCUAUUUUGAUAUUUUUUCAAAUGUAAUUAAUUCCUUCGAUGGCAAAGCCGAAUUUUCCGCAGCCAUUACUAAAACCUUCAU